AUGGGUGACUCACUCAACUCGGAAACCGAGUCAAGUACUGAUUCUUAUGGAGGUAAAAGAGAACUGGGUACGGACUCGAAGAGGCAGAAGCGUCAGAUUGAUAGUAGUAAUAGCAAACAACCGGUUUACCGAGGGGUGCGAAUGCGGGCGUGGGGCAAAUGGGUAUCCGAAAUCCGACAGCCCCGUAAGAAGAACCGGAUCUGGUUAGGUACUUUCUCGACUCCCGAAAUGGCCGCACGCGCCCACGACGUUGCAGCCUUGAGUAUAAAAGGCAACUCGGCGAUUCUAAACUUCCCCGAACUUGCCGACUCGUUUCCCCGACCAGCUUCUAGCUCGCCACGAGACGUCCAAGCCGCCGCCGCCAAAGCCGCUUCAAUGGAGUUCUUAACUAAUAAUACUACCAGCGACAACAGCAACAUCGACUUCACUUCAUCUUCAUCGCUGUCGUUAUCGGAUUCCACGUCAUCGUUGUCACCGAAUGUGGACGACGUUUCGGUCCCGGAAGAGCUGAGCCAGAUAGUGGAGUUGCCGAGUCUAGGGAAGAGCUAUGAAUCGGCUGAGUCAGGGAACGAGUUCAUGUACGUGGACACAAUCGACGGAUGGUUUCUUAACUCCGGUGGUAUGCCUUGGUAUUACGAAGAGAAUUGUGGGUAUUUUGGGGAAGAAAUUUCAAUCCAGUUGCAAGAAAGCGAGAUUACAUCUGGUUUCGUCCCUUUACUAUGGGAUCACGAAAAACAAAACAAAAAUAGUGUCUUUUUCCUAAAAGGUACUCUAUAAUUUGUAU